CAUACAUUUAUCACAUAUCAUAAUAAUUAUCUAAACACAACUAUUCACCAUCAUGUCUGGAAUGCAAUUUACAGAUAAAGUCGAAAAGGCUCUCGGAAUAGCCGAAAGUUUAGCGCGCGAGUUUGGACACAGCCAGAUUAUGCCAGCUCAUAUUGCGUGCGCGCUGUUUGACGAAACCGACGGUCAAUCACUGUUCAAAUCCAUCAUUGAAAAAGCCGGAUGCGAACCAGCGACGGUGGAGCGUGGUUACAAGAAGCAAAUGGUCCAUUUACCAGCUCAAGAUCCACCGCCUACUCAAGUUUCCAUCAGUCCUCAAGCGGCCAAGUUGUUGCGCAAUGCCGAAACCCAUAUGAAGAACCAAAAAGAUUCCUUUAUUUCCAUCGACCACGUCAUCUUGGCUCUUACAGACGAUACGAAUUCCUACCAACCCAUGAAAGACGCCGGGAUUACCAAGAAGGCGCUCGAAAGUGCGGUUUCCCAAGUGCGAGGUAAUCGACGCGUGGACAGCAAGAAUGCCGAAGAAGUUUACGAGGCGCUUUCCAAGUAUGCCAUUGAUCUGACCCAAAUGGCCGAAACCGGUAAACUCGAUCCCGUCAUUGGUCGCGAUGACGAAAUUCGACGUGUCAUUCGGGUGUUGGCUCGACGUACAAAGAACAACCCCGUCCUCAUUGGUGAACCCGGUGUGGGCAAGACUGCCAUUGUGGAAGGGUUGGCUCGCCGUAUCGUGGAACGCGAUGUCCCCCAAACGCUUCAGUGUAAACUGUUCUCACUGGAUAUGGGCGCAUUGAUCGCCGGUGCCAAAUAUCGCGGUGAAUUCGAAGAACGAUUGAAGGCCGUGCUCAAGGAAGUCAAAGAGUCCCAAGACGGUAUUAUUCUGUUUAUCGACGAAAUCCAUACGGUGCUCGGGGCCGGUAAAGGUGAAGGUUCCAUGGAUGCCGCCAACUUGCUGAAACCCAUGUUGGCUCGUGGCGAACUUCGAUGCAUUGGCGCCACCACCUUGACGGAAUACCGCCAGAUUGAAAAAGACCCGGCCUUUGAACGACGUUUCCAAAAGGUUGAUGUCGGCGAACCUUCGGUGCCAGCAACCAUUUCUAUUUUGCGUGGUUUAAAGGAACGCUACGAAACGUAUCACGGCGUCAAAAUUACCGACGCUGCCUUGGUUUCGGCAGCCCAGUUAUCUGAUCGUUACAUCACCACUCGUUUCUUACCCGAUAAAGCAAUCGACUUGAUUGAUGAAGCCGCCGCCAACACGCGAGUUCAGCUCGAUUCGAAACCUGAAGAAAUUGAUAUCCUGGAACGCAAGAACUUUCAGCUGGAGAUUGAAGCCAUGGCCUUGAGCAAGGAAAAGAGCAACAAGGAGUCGCAGGAACGUCUAAACCAGGUGCGCGAGGAAAUGGCCCGACUGCAGGAAGAGUUGAAACCGUUGAAAUUGAAAUACGACAUGGACAAAGGUCGUUUGGACGAACUCCGUGAACUGAAGCAGAAGCUGGAUGAACUAAAACGCAAAGCCAUCGAAGCCAAGAACCGAUACGAUCUCGCCACUGCUGCGGAUAUCGAAUACUAUGCGAUCCCCGAUGUCGAACAACGUAUUGCGCAAGUGACGGCCGAAAAGCAACGCAAGAUGUCGGAAGCCGCCGCUUCCGCCGAUCCCAACCAGUCGCAGUUGCUGAGUGAAGUGGUGCGUCCCGAGCAAAUCAUGGAAGUCGUUUCCCGCUGGACCGGGAUCCCCGUGCAGAACCUGGCCAAGAGUGAACGUGAGAAGCUGCUUCACAUGGAACAAGAAAUCUCUAAGAAGGUGGUCGGUCAAAACUCGGCCAUUCGUGCGGUUUGCGAUGCCAUUCGCUUGUCCAAGGCCGGUCUGCAGAACCCGAACAAACCAUUGGCCAGUUUCAUGUUCCUCGGUCCCACCGGUGUCGGCAAGACCCUCCUUUGCAAAACGUUGGCGGAAUUCCUUUUCAACGACGAACGUGCUCUUAUCCGUAUCGACAUGAGCGAACUGAUGGAACAGCACAGUGUGGCGAAACUUAUUGGUGCUCCUCCUGGUUACGUGGGCCACGAAGAAGGCGGUUUAUUCGAAGCCAUCCGUCGCAAGCCCUACGCCGUUGUCUUGUUGGACGAACUGGAAAAAGCGCACAAGGAUGUGGCCAACGUUCUGUUGCAAGUGCUCGAUGAAGGUUUUAUCCACGAUUCCAAGGGCCGCAAGAUCGAUUUCCGCAAUACCAUCAUUGUCAUGACCUCGAAUUUGGGCGCUCAUCUUUUGGCCGAACAGACUACCCAAGAAAUGGAUAUGGUGAUGUUGAAGGAACAAAUCCUGCAAAUUGUACGUCAACACUUUAGUCCGGAAUUUACCAACCGUAUCGAUGAAUUGGUCAUCUUCAACCGUCUGACGCAAAACAACAUUACCGAUAUUGUCGAUGUCCGAUUGCAUGAAGUUCAACAACGACUCCACGACCGCAAGAUCAAACUUCAAGUCUCCGAGGCGGCGAAACAGUGGUUGGGCCAGCAAGGUUAUGAACCCAUCUUUGGUGCACGACCAUUGAACCGUCUGAUCCAGCAACGUUUAUUGAACCCAUUGGCCCGAAUGAUUAUCGAUGGCGGCGUCCGUAACGGCGAAGUGGCUCACGUGGAUAUUGGCAAGCAUGGUACCGCCGAAGUGCUCCGCAAUCACGAAACCGAAAGUGAUUAUGAAGUAGAGGAAAUGGACGAAGAUGACAUGCAGGUGGAAGAAAUGGAUUAAACUGAAAAAAAAAAACGAUCUCCUUGUAAAUGUAUAGUUUUCAUCCACUCUUUGUAUAAUAUUUAAAAAUUGCAUGUAAAAAUUUUCUUUGGCAAAAAUAAAACAAAAACCAUGUAUCUACC